UUCGCUCUAGGUCGCAGAGGGAUUUGGCGAAAGAUGUCCUCCUAACGCAGGGACAAUUCAGGCGAGUUAUCUUUCAGGAAUUGUCUGUCUGGCGCGAAUGACAGGAUUUUAUUUACUGUAAGCAAAAUAAGAUUUAACUGAAUAAUGUCAGUUAGACUUUCAAUAAUGUAUCUAAACGUUGUCUGGAUUAUGUGUUGCCAGUAGCAGCAUAACUUCUUCAUACAGGCAGAUUCCAUUGAGUCUACAAGCACCUGACUGCUGAGCACUACACCCUGGCUUCAACGCUUCACCAGUCCAAGGUCAAGGACCGUAUAACAUCUGUCAACAUUUUCUGGAGAAUUGGCAAUUGGAGUUCCAGACAGCUCCAAGGGAGGAAAAAAAACAGUUGAGGGGAAAGUGGAAGGAGUAAAAGGAGAUGUAUUCCGUCAUGGAAUGAUCCUCAGGUUGGCGGACACAGAGGAGAACCCGAAACACACCCAGCCCUGAGGACAAGUAGACUACGCGACACACCCAGCCCUGAGGACAAGUAGACUACGCGACACACCCUGCCCUGAGGACAACUCCAGAAAUACUGCAUUUUAAUUUAGACCAGGACAGACAACAACCAGAACCCCACACACAAACACACUCUGGAAACAAACCGACCAACAAAAAGGCAGAGGAACAACAACCAACUACCCCAAUUUAUCUCACCAUCUCACCCAGCUGGUGCCUAGGCUCACCCAGUUAAUAACAAUGGUCUGGUCCGUUCCUAUCUGAUUGACACAGACUGACUGUCUGGCUGGUUUGGGUGUUUUGUGACGCUCCUCUAUACGUUCAUCAUCAUUGUGUCUGAUUUUGAAGAGCUGAAGGACCCACCAUGCAUCUGACUGUGUGAAGUUGAGCGCUCGACUGCCAAGGACCACUUAGACUACUGACCUCGUAAGGGCCGUGUGUGCUCACUGGUUGCUUGUGUGGUGGUCGAUCAUGGGUAAGGAGCAGGACCUCCUGGUGGCAGUGAAGAGUGGAGACAUCCUCCUGGCCCACAAACUCCUGGCCAAGGUCACAUACAACAAAACCAAGUUGCUGGGCUCCACAAAGAGGCUCAACAUCAACUAUCAGGACUCAGAUGGGUUUUCAGCGUUACACCAUGCAGCUCUAACAGGCACCACUGAGCUGCUGUCUCUACUACUGGAGGCUCAGGCCAUUGUGGACAUCAAAGACAUUAAUGGUAUGCGUCCGCUACAUUAUGCAGCGUGGCAGGGUAAAGCUGACUCUGUGUUGCUGCUGCUGAGAGCUGGAGCCUCUGUUAACAUGCUGUCACAGGACGGACACAUACCUCUACACCUGUCUGCACAGUACGGACACUACCAGGUGUCUGAGAUGCUACUCCAGCACCAGUCUAAUCCCUGUCUGGUGAACAAGGCCAACAAGACCCCUCUGGACCUGGCCUGUGAGUUUGGCAGACUCGAGGUUGCUCAAUUGUUAUUGAACAGCAACAUGGUGGUAGCUCUGUUGGAGGGGGAGGGGCUAGACGGUUUAGACAAUGCCUCCUCCAACACGCCCCUUCACCUGGCCGCUCGCAACGGACACAAAGACAUCAUCAGGGUGCUACUGAAGGCUGGUAUAGACAUCAACAGAACCACUAAGGCUGGCACCUGUCUGCACGAGGCUGCCCUCUACGGCAAGACUGAAGUAGUGUGUCUGCUGCUGGACGCUGGUAUUGAUGUGAAUCUGCGUAACACUUACAACCAGACAGCUCUGGACAACGUCAACCAGUUCACCACCUCAUCAGCCAGCAAGGACAUCAAGAUAAUAUUACGAGAAGCGUUAGGGUCUCUCCAGGUGAGAGCUGUGAAGGACUACUGGAACCUUCAUGACCCUACAGCCCUCAACCUCCGUGCUGGAGACCUCAUCAUGGUGUUAGAGCAGCACACGGACGUGCGGUGGAAAGGUCAUAUCCAUGACAACCAGAGAGGAACGGACCGGGUCGGAUACUUCCCUUCGUCUGUAGUGGAGGUCAUCAGCCAGAGAGCAGGGGGUUCUGUCUCAUGUCAGGUCUCGUUACCAAGCCAACGGCAGCAGCCCUUCCUGUCAAGAGCUCCUCCCACCAGUAUUGGCUCCGCCCCCCAUAUUGAGGACUCCUACGCCUUGUACUAUGACCACGCAGCAGGAGACAGGAACAGUGUUGGCAGUGCAGGCAGCAGUGCAGGUAGUGUGGGCAGCAGUCGUAGUGCUGGCAGCGGGCAGAGCUCAGAGAACGGCUUCGGACAGAAUGGGACACACAAGCUGGCUCCCUCUGCUGGUGAGUCCAGAGAACAGCAGUUCCUCCCUGCAGGACCAGACCCCAGCAAACAACCUGAUGGACAUACAGGUGGUCCGAGUCGUCAAGUCAGUGGUGGUACUCGGUUGGGGGAGCAGAGUGGCUUCAUGUGUCCAGACAUAGUCCUGGUGGGCAGUGACUCUGAGGCCAUCUACCAAUGGCUGUGUGAAUUCCAGCUGGAGAGCUACACUGCUAACUUCCUCACAGCAGGAUACGAUGUACUUACUGUCAGUAGGAUGACCCCAGAGGACCUGACCGCCAUCGGUGUGACCAAACCAGGCCACCGAAAGAAGAUCUCCAUGGAGAUAGGCAACCUGAACAUCCCAGAGUGGCUGCCUGACUACAUCCCUUCUGAGCUGUCAGAGUGGUUGAGUGCGAUCGGUCUCCCUCAGUACCAGAAGAGACUGUGUGAGAAUGGUUAUGACACCAUCAGCAUCGUCAAGGAUAUCACCUGGGAGGACUUAUCAGAGAUAGGAAUCACCAAGCUGGGUCAUCAGAAGAAGCUGAUGUUAGCCGUGAAGCGUUUAUGUGACCUGCAUCGUUCUCGUCACCAUGCCAACGGCUCCGACACGCUCCGGCAUAAACCUACCACGGCCCUGGUGGCUAUUGAGCCCCCCGAGAUCCCCUACGACUGCUGCCCCCUGACCCCUCACACCCCCAGGACACCCUUCCUCUCCUUCCAUGACAGCGAGCUGAGCACAGAGCUACAGAACACCAUGAUGGGGAGGGCAGCAGGAGGAGGGGUGGGGAGAGGGAGGUUUGGGAUGGGUGUGAGGGAGAGCAUUAGCCAGGAGAGCAUCGGAACGCGCUCCCGCGGAUCCGGGAAUUCUGGGAAAUCUGGGAAUUUUACGGGAUAUUCCCAAGAGCUUCACCAACAGACUCUGGCAUCGGCUGGAGUGCACAGUCGCUCGGACGAAAGCUUGGGAGGAGGGGGAGGAGGAGGUGGGAGACAGGGGGGAGGAGGUAGUCCAGGGAGAGACCGUCAGAGACUCACAGAGGUGUGGCCAGACCAGAAGCGCCACCCCCAGCCACCCACUAAACUACCCAUCACCCCCCUCACCCCUCCUCUCACCCCCAGCUCGAUGCCCCGCUUCGCCUACCCAGCCGUGCCUAGUAAACCCAAACCUUGCAAGCCCCCUGCCCACCCCCACCCUCACCCCUUCUCCUCUCCCCCCUCUCCCCAGGCAUCCCCCACACAGAGGGCAUUCAACUACCUCCACACCCAGGAAGGAGGCACCUAUCUGUGCCAACGUGGUCUACCCAAGCCCCAGGCUGGAGCAAUCCCCCUCCCAGGACUAGGCCUCAACACAGAGGCUCUUAAGAAACACACCCAGAGUCUGUCCCGCUACGCCCUGUCAGAUGGAGAACCGGAAGACGACGAGUCAUCGCUGCAGGAAUCUGUUCCUCCGGUGACCAUGCCCUCGUACGCAACACUAGGACGCAAACCAGGCUGCGGCCGAUCAAAUUCCUCCGCCGUCCAACGCCACAUCAGCCGGAGCCACUCAUUCGCUCGCCGCAAAGGCCCGCCCCCACCGCCACCUAAGAGGAUGAGCUCGGUGAGUGGCAGCCAGGCCAGCGAAUCAGGAGGAGCGGCAGUAGUGUCAGGGCAGGUGGAGGUGGGAGGGGUGGAGACAGAGAGUGCAGGCAGUGUGAGAAGCAUCGCAGCCAGGCUACAAGGGUCCAGGCCCGGGGGCAGCCCCUCUAAGGGGGUAGCGUUACCCUCCCCUCGCACCCCCACCCUCGCCUCCCACAAACCUGUACUCGCUCUGGGGCUGGGAGGCCUGAGGAGGAUGGGGGGCGAGCGGAGGGAUAGAGAUGGAGGGAUAGAGAGAAGCCCAGAAGAGGAGAGAGUGUGGAAGGAUGGUUCAGUAUUGGAAAGCUCUACAUCACCUCAGAGUAGCUCCAGUGAGAACCUCCCUUUCGCGGAGGAGGGCAACCUCACCAUCAAACAGCGGCCCAGGAUGGGAGCAGGCUUCCGGUCAGACCCUGAAAUCCAACCCCAGGCUUCUCCAGAAGGCCCAAAAAUGCAGGCCCCAAAGUCCUUGGGGGUCCCUGAGUUCAACCUCAAAGAGUCGGACACCGUCAAACGACGGCGUCAGCCCAAAGACCGGGAUACACACACACUGGACGAGAUCUUCACCGCCAGCGAAGACGACGGACACACACAGCCACACACACACAGCCGGUCCAACGGCUUCCACACACACACAAACGGAGACAAGCAAGAGGAGGAAGCAGGCGUGAAGUCAGGAAGCUGUUUACAGAGAGCAGAAUCGACAGGGAAAGGCCAGAAACCACCCCUGGCCUCCAAACCAACCAGCCCUCCCCUCAAACCUGUCCUCACCCUUAUACCAGCCAGUCAACAGAAGACAGUGACAGGCAGCACACAGAACCAUAUAACAGCCAGUCAAAAUACACACACAACCACCUCUAUACCAGACAAUCCACAGAAACCAGUAACAGCAACCAAAGCAGGCAGUCCGCAGAGAACAGUAACAUACAGGCCAACGAACCAGAUGCCUGCUACUGUCUCUGCCUCUACACUUCCCCAUCUCAGCUCAUCCAUAACCUCAGCCCCUACAGCCCAGGCAACCCGCGCUCCAUCCUACUGCACCUUGGUGCCUCCAGGCCAGGCAGGGAGAGCAGGAAAGGCCCAGUAUGGUGAGGCCUGCUCGGAGGUGUUGGUUCAGAGGAGGCUGGAUGAGACCAACACGUCACUGGAGGCAGCUCUGAAAGUUGUAGAGAGAAAAAUGUCUCAGGAUGACUGCACUGACGGUGGCAGCAGCCCAGUGAAAGCAGCAGGGAAUAUCCUGGAUGACAUUGGCAACAUGUUUGAUGACCUCGCCGACCAACUGGAUGCCAUGUUGGAUUAAAUACCUCCUCUUCACUCAAGGCAACCUGAAUAGGACCAGUAGGAUUGGGUUGCAAAUUGCACCCUCUUCCCUACAGAGCCCUGGUCAAAAGAAGUGCACUAUAUAGGGAAUAGGGAGCCGUUUGGGAUGCAUGGCUAGAAUUGAUUAGACUGAUGCACUGAUCUGCAUGUUUCAUAGGGUGGAUGAGAGAAAGUAGGAGCGGGGAGAGGAAGAGGGAGGGAAAGUGAAAGGGCGAAGGGGGGGGGAAUGUGGUGAAGAGAGCAGUCACAAUGUGGAGAACCUCUGACUGCACUUGAAAGAGUGUGGAUAUCCUAAACACACACAUCGGGACUUGCCUUAACUGGAGCGCAUAACCCUGGAUCAAUGGUUUUGCUUGGCAAAGACAGCACAAUAACACAGAACAAUUUACUGUGUUUUAUAACAUAGAGCACGGGUUUAUGACAUAGAGCACGGGUUUAUGACAUAGAGCACGGGUUUAUGACAUAGAGCACGGGUUUAUGACAUAGAGCACGGGUUUAUGACAUAGAGCACGGGUUUAUGACAUAGAGCACGGGUUUAUGACAUAGAGCACGGGUUUAUGACAUAGAGCACGGGUUUAUGACAUAGAGCACGGGUUUAUGACAUAGAGCACGGGUUUAUGACAUAGAGCACGGGUUUAUGACAUAGAGAACGGGUUUAUGACAUAGAGCACGGGUUUAUGACAUAGAGCACGGGUUUAUGACAUAGAGCACGGGUUUAUGACAUAGAGAACGGGUUUAUGACAUAGAGAACGGGUUUAUGACAUAGAGCACGGGUUUAUGACAUAGAGAACGGGUUUAUGACAUAGAGCACGGGUUUAUAACAGAGAGCACGGGUUUAUGACAUAGAGCACGGGUCUAUGACAUAGAGCACGGGUUUAUGACAUAGAGCACGGGUUUAUGACAUAGAGCACGGGUUUAUGACAGAACGAGUGGCUUUGCUACAUCUUUGCUCUGAGCCAACCAGAAGGGAAUAAGGGUCCAUUUUUAUUGUACAUUUAUUGUAAAUUAUAAAUAUUCUCAUCUUAAACUUUACCCAAUCUUAUGUUGUGUGUCAAUAUUCUUAACAUGAGACUCUUAAAUGUUACUGAAAACUGAGAUUUUGUUGUUUUUACGUUGCAUUUUUUGUUUUACAAAGGGAGCACCUAUUCUCUUCAAAAUAUAUUAUACGUGAUGUUAGGAGUAACUAUGAUAAUUAGAAAAGUACUUUGUAAAUAUUUUUUUUAAGUUUUAUGAUAACAUGUAAUAUAUUCUGAACAAAAAUAUAAACGCAACAUUUUCAAAUAAAAUUGUAUUUGUCACAUGCGGCGAAUGGCAAUGCGAGUAGUCUGGGUAACCAUUUGAUUAGCUGUUCAGGAUUCUUAUGGCUUGGGGGUAGAAGCUGUCUAGAAGCCUCAUGGAUCUAGACUUGGCGAUCUGGUACCGCUUGCCGUGCGUUAGCAGAGAGAACAGUCUAUGAGUAGGGUGGCUGGAGUCUUUGACAAUUUUCAGGGCUUCCUCUGACACCAUCUGGUAUAGAGGUCCUGGAUUGCAGGAAGCUUGGCCCCGGUGAUGUACUGGGCCAUUCGCACUACCCUCUGUAGUGCCUUGUGGUCGGAGGCCGAGCAGUUGCCAUACCAGGCACUGAUGCAACCCGUCAGGAUGCUCUCGAUGGUGCAGAUGUAGAACCUUUUGAGGAUUUGAGGACCCAUGACAAAUCUUUUCAGUCUCCUGAUGGGAAAUAGGUUUUGUUGUGCCCUCUUCACGACUGUCUUAGUAUGCUUGGACCAUGUUAGUUUGUUGGUGAUGUGGACGCCAAGGAACUUGAAGCUCUCAACCUGCUCCACUACAGCCCCAUCGAUGAGAAUGGGGGCGUGCUCGGUCCUCCUUUUCCUGUAGUCCACAAUCAUCUCCUUUGUCUUGAUCACAUUGAGGGAGAUGUUGUUGUCAUUGCACCACACGGUCAGGUGUCUAACCUCCCUAUAGGCUGUCUCAUCGUUGUCAGUGAUCAGGCCUACCACUGUUGUCAUCAGCAAACUUAAUGAUGGUGUUGGAGUUGUGCCUGGCCGUGCAGUCAUUCCUUUUGUCCAGAUGUGAAAGGGCAGUGUGGAGUGCCAAUAGAGAUUGCAUCAUCUGUGGAUCUGUUGGUUUGGUAUGCAAAUUGGAGUGGGUCUAGGGUUUCUGGGAUAAUGGUGUUUAUGUGAGCCAUGACCUGCCUUUUAAAGCCUUUCAUGGCUACAGACGUGAGUGCUACGGGUCUGUAGUCAGUUAGGCAGGUUAACUAUGUUGGUAUUACAGACUCGGACAGAGAGAGGUUGAAAAUGUCAGUGAAGACACUUGCCAGUUGGUCAGCGCAUGCUCGGAGUACAAGUCUUGGUAAUCCGUCUGGCCCUGCGGCCUUGUGAAUGUUGACUUGUUUAAAGGUCUUACUCACAUCAGCUGCGGAGAGCGAGAUCACACAGCCGUCUGGAACAGCUGGUGCUCUCAUGCAUGCUUCAGUGUUACUUGCCUUGAAGCGAGCAUAAAAGUAGAUUAGCUCGUCUGGUGUCACUGGGUAGUUCUUGGCUGUGCUUUCGUUUGUAGUCUGUAAUGGUUUGCAAGUCCUGCCUCAUCCGACGAGCGUCGGAGCCGGUGUAGUAUGAUUAGAUCUUAGUCCUUUAUUGACGAUUUGCCUGUUUGAUGGUUCGUCGGAGGGCAGUUUGGGAAUUCUUAUAAGCUUACGGGUUAGUCACGCUCCUUGAAAGCGGCAGCUCUCUCUUUAGCUCAGUGCGAAUGUUGCCUGCAAUACAUGACUUCUGGUUUGGGUAUGUACGUACAGUCACUGUGGGGACCACGUCCUUGAUGCACUUAUUGAUUAAAGCCAGUGACUGAUGUGGUGUACUCCUCAAUACCAUCGGAAGAAUCCCGGAACAUAUUCCAGUCUGUGCUAUCAAAGCAGUCCUGUUGUUUAGCAUCUGCUUCAUCUGACCACCUUUUUAUAGACCGAGUCACUGGUGCUUCCUGCUUUAAUUUUUGCUUGUAAGCAAGAAUCCGGAGGAUAAGAAUUAUGGUCAGAUUUGCCAAGUGGAGGGCGAGGGAAAGCUUUCUACGUGUCUGUGUGUGGAGUAAAGGUGGUGUAGAAUUUUUUUCCCUCUGCUUGCACAUUUAACAUGCUGAUAGAAAUGAUGUAAAACUGAUUUUAAGUUUCCCUGCAUUAAAGUCCCCAGCCACUAGGAAGGCCGCCUCUGGAUGAGCGUUUUCCUGUUUGCUUAUGGCGGUAUACCUCUCAUUGAGUGCGGUUUUAGUGCCAGCAUCAGUCUGUGGUAUGUACGAAAAAUACAGCUGAAAACUCUCUAAGUAGAUAGCGUGGUCUACAGCUUAUCAUGCAACAAUUUCAACGAUUUUUAGAUUUUUUUGUAUUUGUACAAAUUGUAUUUGUCACAUGUGCCGAAUUCAACAGGUGUAGACCUUAACGUGAAAUGCUUACAGUUCAUAUAGAGAAAUCAGUCAAUUUAAAUAUAUUAAUUAGACCCUAAUCUAUGGAUUUCACAUGACUGGGCAGGGGUGCAGCCAUGGUUGGGCCAAUCAGAAUGAGUUUUUCUCCACAAAAGGGCUUUAUUACAGACAUAAAUACUCCUCAGUUUCAUCAGCUGUCCAGGUGGCUGGUCACAGAAGAUCCCGCAGGUGAAGAAGCCAGAUGUGGAGGUCCUGGGCUGCAGGUAUGAGGCCGGUUGGACGUAUUGCUAAAUUCUCUAAAAUGACAGAGGCAGCUUAUGGUAGAGAUAUGAAUUAUCUGGCAACCGCUCUGGUGGAUAUUCCUGCAGUCAACAUGUCAAUUGCGUGCUUCUUCAAAAUUCACACAUCUAUGGCUUCGUGUUGUGACAAAACUGCGCCUUUUAUUGUCGCCAGCACAAGGUGCACCUGUGUAAUGAUCAUGCUGUUUAAUCAGCUUCUUGAUAUGCCUGUCAGGUGGAGCGAUUGUCUUGACAAAGGAGAAAUGCUCACUAACUUUUUGUGCAUAUGGAACAUUUCUGAGAUUUUUAAUUUCAGCUCAUGAAACAAAGACCAACACAGUACAUGUUGCAUUUAUAUUUUUGUUCAGCAUACUAUAUUCUUGAUAGUUUGUGAAAACAUUUAAAUGUAUCUAAAAUAUGUAUUACAUAUUAAAUUCCAUGUAUGUUUGUAUUUAUGUUUAACCAAAGUGGAAAUCCAGUGUUUGCCCUCCAAAGAGUUCAAACCAAAAUGGGGGGUACUUUGUAAAGCACUAUUGUCAAAUGAAAGUGCAAGUCUUAAGGUCCAGCUGAGCUGUGGAAGGUGUUAGUGUAUGUGACGUGUCAGCUGUGAGGUCAGCGUACACACCAAUACGUUACAGUAGAACAGGCGUGGAUGGUUCUAAUCUACUGCAUAGCAUCAGACUUCUUUGAACCGAGCUGUACUAAUGUAACCUACAGUAAACCCUGACAUAGUAAAAAGCACAAUCUGCAACUUUGUAUUCCCACUUGUUUGGAAAACUGUGGGGUGGAUCUUGGCAAAUGUAACUGCCAUUGUAAUUCUGUGGUAACCCCGUGCCACCCCCAAAACCAAACACAAGGGGGCGGAGUUGAGCCCAUUUCAGUGACGGGUUCUUGAAGAGAAAGCGGCUUCCGUAUGUAUUUAACUUUCAUGACAAUGCACUGUAUACAUCGACUGACUUUUCGUGUGGAGUUAAAACAAACUUGUAUUUCAUCCAACAGUUUGUAUGCAUCUUCUCAAUAUUGUAUUUAUAUUAUCGUUCAUAAAACAAAAUUCCGUGAUAUUC